CGCUUACAUUUUGAGAUGCUGUGGUCAUAGGAGCUGCCACGACACGACUUUCAAAAAAAACUCAACGAGCUUGAAAAAAGAAAAGGGUAUUGUUUUGUAAAAUUGAUUUGGCUUUUUGACAUAUUUUAAAAUAAAUUGUUGUACGAUGAGACAUUUUAUGUCUACGAAAUUUUCAGAAAUCAUCAGAACCGAUUUUAAUGGCCCAUCUAAAAAACUGGUGAAAAUCGGCAAUUCUAAAUACAAAUUUCCCAAAGAGAAGGCUACGUUCACCGAAGCCAAGAAGAUCUGCGAAAAGGACAACAUGGACGUGGCUUCCUUUAACGACCCUGCUGAAGCCAGCAAAAUAUCUGAAUACCUUAAUUAUAUAGGUCUUUCGGACAGUCCAGUAUUUGCGUCCCUGGCAACCAGUAUAGGCUCGACGGCCCUGAUGAACUGGGGUCAAGACACACCACCUGGCGGGGCAGGCACGUGCCUAGUGCAGGAGGGCGGCCAGAUGUACAACGCUUCGUGCAACCAGAAGGCAAAUUUCGCGUGUGAGGAAAGGCCCCUGCCUGACGGUGUCACCACUACUAUCGGCCCGGACUCUCUGGCGUCCAUCGAGGAUGCUGUGCUCAAUUUCGUUGGCGGCAAAAAUAUCCUGGUGCCGAAAGAGAAGGCGACAGUGGCGCAAGCGGAGAGCAUGUGCGCCGGCCAGGGUCUGCAGCUCAUGUCCCUGGACUCGAUCGCGGAGAUGGAUUCCGUGCAGGACUUCCUCGGCGACAUAGGCAAGUGCCUCACUCCCCUUCAGUCUUCGAUUUUCAGGAAUUUUUCAGGCUUGUCGACCAGCACGGUGCUGACAUCGCUGAAGAAGGUGACAGAUGGAGGAUCCAACUGGCUGGGUGACCUAGCCUCCGCCUUCAUGCCCAACCCUGAGCCCACCAAGGACGGAGAGUGCACUGGCCUCAGUUCGCUUGGACUUGUCGGACUCUCUUGCGACACCGUGUCCAAUUUUGUGUGUCAGGCACCAGAGCCAGAAGGUUCUUCUACCAACGUUGCGGUAAAAAGUGGAGGAACCACAACCCAACCAGCUCCGGAGGAACUUGCACCAGCAGUGCCAGAAGAGACGGUCGCGGAUCCGAGCCCAGACGAACCUACAACAGAAGCUGCUGCUGGCUCAGCAGCGGGUGUAACCAAGGCAGAUUCGACAACAGUUUCGGCAAGUGCGAAAAGUAGUUCAAGUUCUACUGCAUCGACAGCUGCCAGUGAUAGCACGGUUUCAUUUGGAUCCACAACAACAGGAAGCACCAAAACAACCGGCACAGCAGAAACAUCAGGGCCGACUGUGUCAUCAACCAAUACCCCGCCGUUGACAGCUAACACGAAUAACGAUUCGUCAAUUACGUUCUAUCUAUCGAACGAAACGGCGACAUACGACGAAGCUGUCACGAAGUGCGAGUCUAUGGGCAUGAUGCUUUUUGUCGCCGAGUGUUCCACACAGUACACAAGGCUAAUAAACGAAACUCAGUCUUCUCCAGACCGACAAAAUGCAUCGUACCUGAUCGCUUUAAAAAAGAUCAACGAUAGUUUCCAAAAUCCUGACAGCACUGAGAGCCAACCUCUGCAAGAAAUAAAAAACGGGUCUGGCGAAUGCGUGUCCGUCCGUGGGGGUGAUUACUACACGACUCCUUGCGAAGAAAAGUCCAACUUUGCCUGCGAACAAAUGGCUAACCACUCAGGAAUCAAGUACUCAGUUUAUGGACGAUACUUUGUUCCAAUGGGCAUUUCAUUAACUAACUGUGAAGCAAACGCCUACUGCUCCAGCUUUAAUGCUAAUGCCACACUGACCUUCAUCGACACAGCUUUUGAACACGCCAAUGAGCUAUACUUUUUGCUUAAAAACAUUUCCCUGGAUAUGACUGACGUGCAUGUGCACAAUGGAACGUCCAACGGUACCGAGGCAGCGUGGAAGUACCUUAAGGACAACAAGCAGCUGCUCGACUGGAGGAGCGGAAGCCCCAAUUACAAUAAGGGCCUGUGCGUCGCCUCUAACAACGUUCUCAUCCACAGCGUUGAGUGCGACCAAAGCUUGCCUUUCAUUUGUGAAAUUCAAACGCCAGUUUAUCCUGACUAUUCGAUUGGGUACUACGGGAAAGACGUCACCAUAUCUGGUUUUCCGAUAAACUACGACUACGCGGAGAAGUGGUGUCGGACGGUGUACUCGGAUGGUUUCAUGUGUCCUACCACGUUUGAAUUAAUCAGAGACAAACUGCAGUCAAGCGCUAACAAAGGAGCGCUGAAAAAUCCAGACGUGAUCGCCUUGGGUCUACGGAACUCAAAUAGUGGCUGGAAAUGGUACAUAAAUAAGCCCUUUUUCAAUAGCCUCGUCAACUGGAAUUCAACGCCUGGCAGCGGCACUGACGCCGACUGCGCGGGCAUUGGUGCCACCGAAUCCGCCGCUGUGGUUUUCCCCUGUUCUGAGCCAAAACGGGUUAUAUGUUAUUGAACAACAAUAAAUCCAC